AAUUGAAGCUGGCCUCCUUUUAAUCCAGUGCAGAACAAGUUUAAUUUCAAGGCCAGCGGAUAACGAGAGCUUGAUGAAACAGUUCAGAUUGUUGCUGUAUCAUUUGAAUACCAGAUUGUCUCCACCUUCGUAUUUCGGCAAAUAUUCAACAGAAUGAAUAAACUAAUAAGUUAUGCUAACUUAUGUCAUCAUAUCUGCGUUUAAACUCGUGCUGUUCUCGAAACUCCUGAUACCCCGUCGAAGACGUGUACAAAAUACAUAUUGAUGGGUGAGUUUAUGAGCCUGUUCUUUGAAAUUGCAAACAAUGCAACAGGAAUUCCUGAAUACUUGUUAUAUAACGGCAUAUAAAUACUUUUAACAUAAAAUUCUUACUCAAUUUCCCAUGUUUUGUAUGAUAGGUAUUCUUAGAUUUCUCGUAUUGCAUAAAUUUUCCAACGCCUUCAUCACAUUCCGUAAUUAUGGAAUUAUUAUUAGAUGCAGACACUGUGUUUGUUGACAGUGGAAUGAGAACAUUUCAAUAGCAGACGCAAUUUGCGUGAUUGUGAUGAUUCGGUGACUCCUACAGUUGGUAAAUAGAUCAUUCUAGAACAGCUAGAUAAGUUUCAGCUGGAGAUUUUCCAAGAGACUGAUGAAAUUCUCCUUCGUUCACUGAUGAUAGUUGAUUUUUCGUUCGGUGAUGGCCUUGGAGACAUUGCUAAUUAAUUACCAUCGGUUUCUGCAAGAGCGACAGCAUCUAGACGAGCUCAGGAAUCACCAACGUCAUACCUCCAAGCUCUCAUGAUCGUCUGAGAUGUCAUCCUUCAGACCAAGUUUGUCCUGUCUGAAUUUCCAAAGAAGUUGAUUAGAAUUGAAGUUUGACACCUCAUCGAAGAGGUAAAUAAGCUUCAGCCGUAGCUUUUCCAAGAGACGACUGAUCGAAUUCUUCUUUUUUCACUGAUGACAUUCAAACUCAUCCCCAGAAUCACUUUCCCAGACUUGUUCUGCCUCCAAAUCGUCGACUUCUUAAAUCGAACUCCAAUUGAAGUUCAGGGAACUCGUCUCCUGGGACAACAGACCACUCAUGACUACGGAACGAACCUCCGCAACCCACGAAUCAGCUAUUGAAACUCAGUAAUCAAUAACUCCAUAUUCCAAAGCCUUCAUUAUCGUUAGAGAUGCAUUAUUUCAUGCAUUUUCUGAGACGAGGAUGUCGUGUCUGAAUUUCCGAGGGAUAUGAUUGUUGGCUGCUUUCUCUUCGGUGAUUGUAAGCUCGUUUGUCGUGAAUGUCUAAACAGAGAGGACGUCCAUUAUCCUGAAGCAAAACCAAAGGAAAUUUUGAUUAUCUUCAUGAGUCAUUUAGUUGUCUCGAAUCACUUUCCAAAUUUCUGGAGGACUUGCCCAUAUUCUUCUUGAAGUCUUCAUUAGACAUUCAAACCGAAUUAUCACAGUUUCCUUCUCCGUGAAGUGUUGAAUAUUUUUGACAGCGCGUCACUGUCAAAAAGCUGUAAAACUGGAAAUCUUCAACCUCGAAGAUGCGGAGAAUAAUUGCACUAGUUAUGAUCAUCUUGAGUGCUGGAGUGAAUGGUGAUCACGAGAUGGAUAGUGUCAUUCAAACUUUUAUCAUUGACAUCCUGACCUCUCUGUAUACCAGCUCUAGUUUCACAGUUUUUCACUGUGCGAGACCAGAUACCAUCGCGGAGUUUUCUAGAAUUAUGUCAAGGCAGUAUCAGUUGCACGAGGUCGCUUCCAUCUCCGAGCCCCACACAUUUGACUUCAUUCGAUCUCCCUUGGCUCAUCAGAACUUCUACAUCGUAGACCUGAACUGUCCAGGAGUUCAUGAACUCCUCAUUCAGGCGAACGAUACCGGAAGCUUCAUGGCCCCCACCAAAUGGAUGAUCCUCCAGGACUCACAAAUUCACAAGGACAUCAUCGCCAAUGAGAGCUUUUCCUCCGCUGUCAUCAGUCAAGUUGAAUUAGGAAGCUUAUUCGGGGAUUUUGAUGUCUUUCCGGACAGCGAAGUCAUCGUAGGCCGAAGAAUUAGCGAUAACACCAUAAAAAUCUUAUCACUUUAUCGUCCCAGUCACUCUCGCGGUCUCGUUAUCGAAGACAGGGGUAUCUGGAAUAGUAUUGAUGGUAUCCAGCUCAGCGAUCAUGACGUUUCAUCGAGAAGAAGAACUGAUCUUCAACAAACUCUGUUGAAGGCGUGUGUUGUGGUCACACAUCCGGAUACUAUGAACCAUCUGGAAGACUUGAAGGACAAGCAAGUUGAUGUAGUCACUAAAGUUGGAUAUGCCCUCUCGAAGUUGCUGGCAGCUCGAAUGAAUGUUACAGUUACUUUUACUUUUGCUACGAGCUGGGGCUACAAAGAGAAAAAUGGGAGCUGGAGCGGAAUGAUAGGGUCAAUAGAUCGCAAUGAUGUUGAUUUCGGUGCUACAGCUACAUUUAUCGUUCCAUCGAGGAUCGGUGUCGUUGACUACAUUCAACUGUACACCCCAAAUAGGGUACGAUUUGUCUUUCGUCGACCCCCGUUGUCCCACGUCAGUAAUCUCUUCACUCUGCCAUUCGCUCGGAGCGUUUGGAUAGGAAUUUUUGCUCUCAGUUGCAUGAGUUUUGUGAUAUUGUACUUGAGCAUGGCCUGGGAAUGGACAACGGUGAAGCACCUGUCCCAGAAUGAAAAGUUGAUUGGAGAUCUGGAGAGAAAACCGGCGUUUGGUGACAACUUCCUGAUUCUGAUGGGAGCCAUCACUCAACAAGGAUCAGUGUAUGAGCCACGAAGUAUCCCAGCCCGGAUUGUCAUCUUCAUGCUUCUGAUUUUUUGCCUGAGUCUGUACGCAGCUUAUGCAGCGAAUAUCGUAGCGCUGUUGCAGUCCACAUCGGAUUCCAUAAAAAGUGUUGAAGACUUGAUGAAUAGCCCUUUGAAGCUUGGGAUCCAAGAUAUAGUUUAUAAUCGCCAUUACUUUGGGUCUUUCGAAGACCCUUUGAGAAAGGAAUUCUACGAACGCCGGGUUCAAAAACAGCCGGACAUUUGGCUACCGUUGGCUGAUGGUAUCAGCAGAAUGAGAAAUGAAUUGUUCGCUUUUCACACAGAUCUAACUACAGGGUAUGAUGUUGUGCAAAGUACUUAUGGAGAAGACGAAAAAUGCGGUUUCGAGGAAAUUGAUUAUCUGUACGUCUCGGAUCCAGCGUUUGCAAUCAAGCGCAAAUCACCGUAUCGGGAGAUCUUCAGAGUCGGGGGUAUCUGGCUAGAUGAAACGGGCUUAAAACAACGUUACAUCAGGAUGAUGUACAAUAAAAAGCCUCCGUGCAAUAAUCAAAAGAAAUUCGCCGGUGUUGGCACCAUAGAAUGUUAUGCUGCUUAUUUAACUAUUGUUUAUGGAGUAGUUUUCACAUUUGGUGUUCUGAUAUUAGAAAUUAUCUGGUCUAAAAGUCGUUUCAAUGCUGUCGUAUCGAAUACCCUAGAAGUCAAUAGAGAAGAACUCGAAUCAAGUGAACAUACCUCUUCUGCUGACGGAAACCGUGAAAAUCCUGUGGAUUAUGUUGUUGAUUGAACGCAAUGUUGAU